GUUUCUGGUCGUGAAAUCGCGAUCCUCAAAACUUUGCUACGCCGAUCAACUCGCAGAUGCGCCAAGGAUCGCCCUGAAGAAAUUUAUUUUACGCAGUCUAAGAUCUCUCGUUCAGAGCCACCUAUAAUACUAUGGUCUGUCCUCAUUGCACACAUAGUCAGAAUUUCGACGGCACGGUCUCCAAGGUCGUCAUUCCUUCUACACAGCCACAAGAAGCCACGCUAGUUAUGUAAGUGACAUAACACCGCCAGUACGUACUAUACUACUUAGCCUUCGGAUCUAUAUCAUCCCUGGCUUGCUGACACGGACCUGUCAUCUCAUCAUGCACCGGCCGGAUGAACAAUCAGUGGAGUGCGCGAGUCAUGAAAAAACUGUAGUCGUUGAACGCCCCACAGCUCGUGUCGCAUUACCACCUCCUGCGGUAGAUGGUGACUCCGAUGGGGAAGCCGAGGCAGAUGGAUCGCAAGCAAAUGAUGGUGAUCUGUUGGAAGACUUUCCGGACGAAACUGACGAAUUAGAACUCGUGCACUCGCGGUUGAGCUCUUUGGCUAAUCUUCGACUCGACCGGUUCGCAAGGCAUCUGAGGAAGCUAUGUCUGAGACAAAACGCUAUCUCGCACCUAGAUUCAGAGGUCUUUAAGCUGCUCACGCAGCUUGAAGAGCUUGACCUGUACGAUAAUAAACUCAAGACUGUGGGAGAUGCAUUGGACAAUAUGUCUGCUCUAGCCAUUCUGGACCUUUCAUUCAACCUUCUACGACAAGUGCCGGAGGCACUAUCGCAUCUACGUUCCUUGAAGACAGUAUAUUUCGUUCAAAACAAGAUCUCGAAAAUCGCCGGCUUGGAAUCUGUGGGAGCGACAUUAAGAAGUCUCGAACUUGGGGGAAAUAGAAUACGGCGUAUCGAAGGGUUGGAUGCGUUGUUCAACCUGGAGGAAUUAUGGCUCGGAAAGAACAAGCUCACGAAACUAGAGAAUCUGAGUGCACUGAGUAGACUGAAAAUAUUGUCUCUUCAGUCUAACAGGAUCACAAAGAUCGAGGGUCUGGAUCAAUUGGCUGAUCUGGAAGAGCUCUACCUGAGCCACAAUGGAGUCGAGCGUUUGGAAGGUCUCGAGAACAACACAAAGCUGAGAACGCUUGAUGUUGGUGCAAACUUUGUUCCAGCGAUCGAAAAUAUCUCGCAACUGGUAUCACUAGAGGAGCUCUGGCUUAAUAACAACAAGAUUGCUGAUCUGCGAGCCCUCGAGCCGCAGCUCAAGAAUAUGGCGUUUCUUGAAACGAUUUACUUGGAAGGCAAUCCUUGUCAGCAGGCCGAAGGUACAGGUUACAGACGGAAGAUAAUGCUUGCGCUUCCUCAGGUUAAGCAAAUUGAUGCCACGUUUGCGAGGUCUUUAUGACCCACUCGUCUCCAACAAUUUUUUUGCAAUGGGACGUUAUUGAUUUCAAUUAGGAUAACUUAUACUCAGCGAUUGGCAGGAAGGAUAUUCUUUCGUCCUAAUGUUCCGCAUCACCUUGCUUGCAAGGUUAUAUGCUAUGUCGAAAGUUCUGCGGAUUAUCUACACGAACAAACAGCGGCCAAUCCCAAACGAGUUUCUCUCACUGUUUUGACCGUCGCUCAUACCAAAUGCGUCAUGAUUCUUGAUGUCACAAUCUAUCUCUUAAUCUAAAAUCAUUCAUACGGCCUUUUCCUGACGAGUCAAAUGUGUGAUGUUGCAAUCACCGAUGCCGGCACAUCUUCAUUUUCGAGUGUUCUGUCAUUUUACAAAUGUAUCAUCGGAGAAUUCCGAAUCAUGUGACCAU